CUUUGAGGCUAAUGUUAUGAAUAAUUUGAAAACAAUGACAAUGACAAAAGGUAGUACGCAAACGAGUUUCGCUAUUAAAAAGAAGAACAAUUAGAAAUAGAAUUAACCACACCAACACCACCAGUUGAACUUGAGUAUAACUAAAUAUAAGACUCUUCGUUGCGUAAAAUGGUUUAUUUUUCGCUAAUGAAUUUAACCACAAUUAUCAAUUUCAUUACAAAACUCGACUGAAGAGACUGAGAGGACUGAGUACUUAACCUCCACAUCGAGACGCCGCAACAAGAAAGAUGGGGACUGAAAACAAGAUGAAAACUCCGGAAUGGAGAGCAGCCGUGCGACCUACGAACAUGAAGGAUGUCAGACGUGGAUCCCUCUGUUCGGGAAAGGGCGCUCUCUUCGCUUCGGUUUUGUGGGGUUUCUUUUCGCAAACUAUUGCAGCCCUGCGAGUUGGUCCUAGUGCCAGAGCAGAUGAUGACAACCAGUUGCAACGCACUCCUGCUUCUGGACGUAUUGGCCCUCGCGUUCAAGCCAUCGUAGCACAAUUCGAAGGAAAGAAUACUUCGACCUCUACGUCGACCACUCAACUACAACAACAGGACGUCGAAGAUAGUGAAGUCGAAGAAGUGAAGCCAGUGUGCGCGAAGAACAGCGACAUCGAAGAUACUCCUCGGACGACGAGCAGCGGAUCCGGUUCCGCGUCCUCGUGCGGUGGAGGAGUACAGACGGAUGUUGAGGCCCGUAAUACCUUCGUGAGCAGGAUUGUUUCGGGAAUUGAGCAAAAAGCAAAAGACGUGCGAGAGGGGAAAGACAAGGUUUUGGGAAAAGUGGGAUUUUUUCAAGGAGGCACGAAAAGAAAGAGACCUGAUCCUGACGCGCUUGAUGAUUCAGAGGACAACAAUGUCACGAAGCUCACAAGACACUACGAGCAGGAAAUAAAUAAGUUGAAGCGGCCUAGAGCAGCUGGUGGUGCUGGAGUCACAGGGUCAUCUGGUCAUGCAGAUGCACAGAUCAUGAGUCGAAGUCGAAGUAAUACACAACGGUCGUCCGGUCGUCAUGACGACACAAUCUCAACAAGCCCAGCACCUUCGCUAGACGAGCACGGGAACCCGUCCAGCGCGAGCAGGAGGAGCAACGCCGGAUCGCCAGCACGAACGCGAAUGAGCAAUAGCGGCCUACUGUCUAGUAGUAGGUCCGAAAGCAGUCCGGAAGAUUCGUCCCAAGGCAAGGAUGAUGGAACCGCUCAUACGUUUUCCUCUAAAAAAAUUAGUUCAAAGAUUGGCAGAGGCAGCGAAGAUGGCAAUACUAUUCUGUCGAACACGUCUACUGGAGGCAUGCAGAACACGACAGUUCCAAGCGGAGAAAAGAGCAUGUUUACCUCUCUAGUGCAGAGAUUUUGUGUUAAGGCUCUUCAUAGGAGUAAUUCAUUUUCACAGAGGAUCAAGAGUACUUAUUUCUGAUCCACCAUUCAUCUUGGAUUCUGAAACUAUCACUAUGCUCUGAGAAUAAUAUGAAUCGUUUUGAGCGCUAAUCGUGGCCGCCGCGCUGCUCGUCGAGAGGCAACUGGGAGGGGUCGCUACUCCUGGUGCAGAAGUUUGAAGACAUCGCCGUCUCCCUCUCGAUAUCGCUCCCGUUCUCCUCGGCGCAAGCAACGCCAAGGAGAAUAGAUCCCUUGCAGGAAGUCAAAAUUGAACUACUUAAUUUUUCACGAGCAAAGUAUUUAUAGGGAGAGGCUCCUGGAAGAUGUGUAACAGGUAAUAAUUUGUGUUGCCUCAGUAUCUAUGUAUUAGUAUUUUUCAGAUUUAGAUUUUUGGUAAAUGGAAAUGAAAAAUUUAGAGAAAUAUCUGACACUAUAUAAAUCCUUAUCCUUAUGCACCUAGUGCACGUAGUGCUCUUAGAUGUUGAUUGAUUUUUCGCAGUUUCUUCGGUUCUUCACUCAAUGUCAAUCGAUGAUGAAGGACCACCACCGUCCCGGGUCAUCCCGGUUCUUCACUCAACGUCAAUCGAGGAAGGACCACCGCCGUCCCGUUCACAACGAGAAGUGAGGGCAGCCACUCUUGUUGAUGCUCCAGGGAAUAUUCGUUCCCGUCAUGAUCAUUUCAUAGUGAAAUAUUCGUUCGCGUCAUGAUCGUCCUACCCUUCUUUUACUUCUGCCACUAAUACUGGGACUCGCUUGGCUUCUAAGUAAUAGAUAAGAGGAUGAGCACGAGAAUGACUCGUAGAGAUACAGAUACAAGAAAUACAUACGAAAGAGCACCUUCACAUCUUAGAAUCUGAUGCACCUGUGUCAGGUUCUCGUUUCGUUUUUUUUGAUGUGGAGGAGCCAUAAGCUAACCGACGAUCACGAUUGACAAAAUUAUAAUAUAUCAAGACCAACUACUUACACUUAAUUUUUACCACUAGUAUUAAGGCUGUACCUAAUACAUCUUUGGACGCAUCCGUGAAACAUAUGGAGGAGUAUCCUAAGGGAAUACUUCCCCAUACUUUUCACGGAUGCGCACACUUGAAAGAUGAAUUACGGACAGCUCUAAUAGUACCUUUACCUAGAAGACCUCUCGAUGUGCCUCCAGCUCCACCAGCAUGCACACAGCAAAUCAAGGGAGCUGGUGCCAAGAUUUUUUGAGAGGAUGAUGAAUGCAUGCAUGGUCUUGUUUCCGUUCUCAUCAUGCAAUUAUCAUAUCGCACUACGACUACUUCCACUAAAUGAAUUUCUCUUCACGUAAUAUUCUUAUUCAAUCCUAGUAUCAUGUCUGCGCAAAUACCGG